AUGCAAAACAGGAAAAAUGUAGAAGAACGAAUCGAAGACCUCAUCAAGACCACAAUGCCAGUACUUCCGGUUAGCUCGUGUGUAGAAUUUGUGACGACAUGUGAACCAGAGAGUUUGAGUCUGGGAUUUACGAGAUUCAGCGAAACUGAUGUGCAAGGAUCGGCCGUGGAAGGUCUGGAUCAGAAUUUUCAAGCUGGUAUAGAGGCAGAGCUGCUAAUUUGUCCCAAAACAAGCGAAGGAGAAAUCAGAAACACUCAACACACAGAUCGUGUUGAAAUACACAUGGACCCUGCGGAUCAGGUGAGGAGUUUGGCGACGAGUGAAAAAGAAGAUGGAAAUUUCCAAGCAAAAUUUGUAGCAAAAGUACCAGGUACUUAUAAAAUGGAAGUAAAGAUAAAUGGAGAGAAACUUGCCAAGAGUCCAUUUUCUAUUCCGGUAAAAGUACGAGAGUUAAAUGUUGUAGGCAAGUUGGACGUUCAGGGAGAAAUGCUGCAAGGUCCAGCCGGCAUUGCAGUGAACAGUAAAGGGGUUUUUGCUGUGGCUGAUUAUGAAGGUCACUGUAUACUGGUAUUUGAUGAGACAGGAAAGUUUGUGCGAAAACUUGGUUCUUAUGGAGACAAGAAUGGACAAUUAAAUAAACCAGACGACGUCACGUUCCUAAACGAUGACGAGAUUCUGGUGGCGGAUCAAUGUAAUCAUCGAAUACAGCAGUUGAAUGUACAUACAGGAAACUUUGUGAAAAGCUUUGGAAAAAAGGGAAGUGGAGAUGGAGAGUUUAAGAAUCCUGGAAGUGUCUGUAUCACAAGUGAUAGACGUUUUAUCGUUGUAACGGAGUAUUCUAACAGCAGAAUUCAGGUGUUUACAAUGGAUGGUGAACCAGUGUUUAAGUUUGGAGACAGCGGCCCAGAAAGGCUGGAUCAUCCACUCAGUUGCGUUUGUUACGAGGAAAAGUUCAUUGUAACUGACAAGGUUAAUAACUGUGUGAAAGUGUUUGAUGAGAGAGGACAGUUUUUGUACAGGUUUGGAGAAAAAUGAAACGGUGAUGGACAGUUGAAUGAGCCGUAUGGCUUAUGUGUUGACAAACAUAACAAUGUUUUCUUGUGUGAGAAGGGGAAUAAUCGCAUUCAACAGUUUACAUUGGAAGGAACUUUCACUGGAAAGACAAGUACUAAUAUUCAAUUUGGAUGGCCCUGGAGUGUUACCACAAUGCUAGAUGAUCGGGUUUUGGUCACAGACUUCAAAGGGAAAGAAGUUUACAUUCUGAAAUGAAUGCCCAAUUUUGAAAGUAACUAUCAGUUCUUUGUAAGCAAACCUUUUGCGAAUAUCUAUAAGUUUUAUUGUUUUAUUAAUUUACGGAAAAUUGUGACAUGUGACGUGUCGCGAGAGAAAUCGAAAGAAAAUGGGCGGAAUCAGCAAUUUGCUCUCUAAUUUUUAAAGGAGAGUUCAAAGAAUUGUCGAUUCAUCACUUCAGUAAUGUGAUUGUUUGUGCUUUUUAUUAAUUAUAAUAAUAGGACUGAGUGGAGUCCAAUUUGGUCUGUAAUCAUAUGAGUGAUUGACAAAAUCAAAUGACUGGGAAGUUGGAGUCCCAUUUGUCAAUCACGAGUUUAAGAAAGAAACUAGACAUCGGUUAUACGUUUUCAUGAAAACACAAUGGUUCAGUUGCCGAAAUGUGGGACAACAGCGCAUGCAUAUAACACACAUUGUCCACUUACACAGGCAUGACAUGUCAAAUGUUCUAUUCAAUUGUCCAGUUACAAGCACUGUCCAAUUGGUCUAGUGAUAACCAAUCACAUGCAAGAAUUUUUUUAUAGUUUUGAUUGACCAUAAAAUCGAUUCACACGUGAUUAAGCUUUGUAACCACUUAAAGAUGUAGGAGUGUUGUAAAGGCAAAAAAUGCAUUUCUGCAAAAUAAAUGUACGGUGGCAUUUAUUAAUGUAAAUUGUUGUUGCUAAUGUUUACCUAUCAGCUUUACAUCUUUCAGCAUGUUAAAGUAGACUUUUCCGUGAGCAUAUUUUGGCAGAGUUUUAGCUAAGUUAAAUAGUAGUAAUUCUCUCAUCAGAUGGAGCACGCCUCUGUAUCUAAUUUUUUAAUUAUCAUAUUGACAGCAGCUUGCAUGAUUACAUUGUAAACAAUUCAACAAUUUCAUAGUACUUUAUUGCUUUUGGAGGAAUGACAUUUAAAAUAUUGUUAGAAACUGUCUAAAGGCUGAGGAGUGUUUUGGAUGCAUCAAGUUUGAGUAUCUAUUUAGGUAUUUUAUACAUUCAGGAGUUUUCAUGAAUUUUUGCGACGGGAAAAAGGUAAUGAGCGGUCUCAUAUGAGUUUUUUGUUGUACAGAGACGAGGCAAAGAUUUCGUGCAACAUGGAGAGGUAUUAGCUUACGCUUAAACUUUAUGAUAUUUGACUUUUUUACGACAUUUUUUGCUGUUGGGGAGAGAUUUUCAUAUUCAUUGAGCCACUUUUUGUCGCAGACCGUUUUAAUUUUGGAACAAAGGCUGACGAGGACUGAGAAUAAACUACAAGAGUGCCUGGAUAACCAACAGAAAAUAACUCUACAGAUCAGACCUAACGAGUAAGUUAAUCUCCCUGAAUGCGCUGCUUGAAUAUUACUUCCCGUUUAAGGAGGUAAAAGUGUAGCGUUUACCAGUUCAAUUAGCCUUCCUAAGUUUGGUAUUGGAGCUUAGUUAAGUGGGCGACUCCUUCAUCUCUAGUCCCUCUUUUUUCACCCAGAUUUUACCUUUUCGUGAGUCCGCUCUCGCGACAGCUCUUGAAAACCAGACAUCCGUUAAUUAUUUCUCUCACGCUUCUUCAGAAUCAUUGAAAUCCAGAACUGAUGCUAUCAAAUGCCGCUCUAGAGAACACACGAUCUCUUCUGAAGAGAUCCGAUUCGCUGCUUUUAAUAGAAUACUGAUUAUUUCUCGUGUAGUGUCAAACAAGUUUCUCGGAAUCCCAAACUCAAUAAACAGCUGUAAAUGUAGCGAUGAUAAAAUGAGGUAGAUGGUUUAUUUCCAAACUUUCGUAGCAUGUUGUUUUUCAUGAUACAGCAGGUAGAGCGACACAUUCGGUCACGCUAUGGAAUCGAUUUUAGUACGCUUUGAUAGAGAAAGUAGACGAUAUGUGAAUAAAAUUGCAAUGUAAAACUAUCAAUCUCUACGCGAAGAUCACGCGAUCCCACAGAGAUCUGAUUCGCUGCUUUAAAUAGUAUGCUAAUCCAAGUUCAGUUUCUCGGAAUCUCAAACAAAACAAAGCUGUGUUUUUAUCUGCGAUUCGUGAUGGAGUCGCUUCUAAAAAACCUCAAAGAGCAUGUAACAUGUUCGAUUUGUUUCGAUACUUACACCAAACCGAAGACCAUCGCUUGUCUUCAUACGUUCUGUUGUGAAUGCCUGGAGAGACAUGCACUAACGAGCCAAAAACAAGGGUUUUAUCCAUGCCCCGAGUGUCAGGCACAAAUUGGCAUCCCCGAAGGAAAUCGCUUUGAUGAUCUGCCAAGCAGUUUUCUGCACAACAGUUUGUUGAGUCUUCUUGCUGUUCGACGCAGCGGCGAAGGAAAGGAGAUCAGCUGUAGUACAUGCCAGAAGAAGAGCGCUGAGAUCAACUACUGCUUUGAUUGCGAGAAGUUUAUGUGCCCCGACUGUGUGAAAGCACACGAAGUGUUUCGAGAAACUAUGUUUGAGGGACACAAAGUCACACCAGUGCAACAGUUUCAAGCCGGAGACUACGAGGCCUUGUUGAAAAGGCAGUCAUUUUGCUCAGAGAAUUACCACAAAAAAGAUGUGAUUCGUUUUUUUUGCGUUGAUUGUCAAAGGUGUGUAUGUCAAGUUUGCAUCGCCACAGAUCACAAAAGCCACGAUGUUGUUCCGCUUGAAAAGGCAGCUGACGAUGAAAAAGUAAACAUCAUUGCCAGAGCGCAGCUGGUCAAAGGGAAGAAAGAGGCUUGCCGAGGUGUUAUUCGUGAAUUUGAGAGGACGGAACUUGAGUUAGAAACGAGCAUUACCACAGCUAAACGCCAAGUCUCUCAAGCAACCGAACAGAUGAUAGGAAAGCUUCGCCAACUGGAGUGCGAAGCCAUUUCUGCCCUCGAGAAGACUCGCGUGUCAAGGAUUGAGAAAUUACAUUCUGGAAAAACAUCGGUUGUGUCUUUUGAAAAGCAACUUGACCAAGCAUUUGAGUUCAGUAACAACCUGGUUGAGAGAAGCUCAAGUUCAGACAUAAUGCAAAACAAGAAAAAUGUAGAAGAACGAAUCGAAGACCUCAUCAAGACCACAAUGCCAGCACUUCCGGCUAGCUCGUGUGUAGAAUUUGUGACGACAUGUAAACCAGAGAGUUUGAGUCUGGGAUUUACGAAAUUCAGCGAAACAGAUGUGCAAGGAUCGGCCGUAGAAGGACUGGAUCAGAAUUUCCAAGCUGGUGUAGAGGCAGAGCUACUAAUUUGUCCCAAAACAAGCGAAGGAGAAAUCAGUAACACUCAGCACACAGAUCGUGUUGAAAUACACAUAAACCCUGCUGAUCAGGUGAGGAGCUUGGUGACGAGUGAAAAAGAAGAUGGAAAUUUCCAAGCAAAAUUUGUAGCGAAAGUACCAGGUCCUUAUAAAAUAGAAUUAAAGAUAAAUGGACAGAAACUUGCCAAGAGUCCAUUUUCUAUUCUGGUCAAAGCACGAGAGUUAAAUGUUGUAGGCAAGUUGGACUUUCAGGUAGAAAUGCUCCAAGCUCCUGCCGGCAUUGCAGUGAACAGUAAAGGUGUUAUUGCCAUGGCUGAUUUGGAUGGUCAUUGUAUCCUGGUAUUUAAUAAGACAGGAAAGUUUGUGCGAAAAAUUGGUUCUUAUGGAGACGAGGAGGGACAAUUAAAGAAUCCAGUCGACGUCACGUUCGUAAACGAUGACGAGAUUCUGGUGGCAGAUGAAUGUAAUCACCGAAUACAGCAGUUGAAUGUACAGACAGGGAACUUUGUGAAAAGCUUUGGAAAAAAGGGAAGUGGAGAUGGAGAGUUUAAGAAUCCUGCAAGUGUUUGUAUUACAAGUGAUGGACGUUUUAUCGUUGUAGUGGAUUUUAAUAACAGCAGAAUUCAGGUGUUUACAAUGGAUGGUGAACCUGUGUUUAAGUUUGGAAACAGUGGCCCAGAAAGGCUGGAUCAUCCACUCAGCUGCGUUUGUUACGAGGAAAAGUUCAUUGUAACUGACCGCGAUAAUAACUGUGUGAAAGUGUUUGAUGAGAGAGGACAGUUUUUGUACAAGUUUGGAGAAAAAGGAAACGGUAAUGGACAGUUGAAUCAGCCGUAUGGCUUAUGUGUUGACAAACAUAAUAACGUUUUCAUAUGUGAUGAAGGAAAUAAUCGAGUUCAACAGUUUACAUUGGAAGGAACUUUCACUGGAAAGACAGUUAGUGCUAAUAUUCAAUGUGAACGGCCCUGGAGUGUUACCACAAUGCUAGAUGAUCGGAUUUUGGUCACAGGCUUCCACGGGAAAGAAGUUUACAUUUUCAAGUGA